AUGCGUCUUCAACCAGCCGAGUCCAACGGCCCAGCAGAGCCCGAGCCUGUUCGCGAAGGGCCGGAGAAAAAGCUGAAAGAAUUCAAGCAAUACUCUACAAGCCUGCCCUUCAGUCAGCCCAUAUCCUUAGCCUCAAUUGGUGGACCCACAUAUGUUACGGCCCAGACAUUGAUCCAGCAAGUCGCCUACACCCUUUCCGACAGGCUAUGGACGUACUCGCCUGAGACAUUCGACCUCGAUGUCGCUGUCAAAGAUUGGUUUGGAGAGGGGUCGAAAAAUGUUCAUGGAUACCCCACGAAUGUCGAGUCCAUGCAGAUUCGGCAGGGCGCUGCGUCCAUAGCGUUGGGAUACAUCUCCUCUAAAGAUUUCGACCGGAAGAGGCGCUACGUUCCUCAGUCAAUCCUAGCAUCGUCCUCCACUCUACAGUACCUUCAAGCGGCUUUAAAUCAGCUCUCACAGCUAUACUCCGAUGUCAGUCCAUUUGUGGCUCAUAUCGCGGCCAUUGACUAUGCUGGAGCUUCCUCACAGUUGGUCGCGGAUUAUGUCUCCGCUUUGUCGCUGGCAGAAGAGCUGGGAUUCGGCAUGGUGUCUUCAUUCUCUGCAUAUGAGGCGCAGCAUAUGGCAUUGCUCUCUACGCUGCUUGCGAGCAUCAUGCCCACCAUACACAUUUACGAUGGGGUCAGCAUUGGCAGGGAGACAACAAGAGUUAUUGAUGUCCUAGAUCAAGCUGGUCUGCACAAUACCUACAAGGCCGUUCAGAAUGAAAUAUCUGCACCAGGAAAGAAGAGUGUGAACACAGACACGAAAGUGCUGCGACUGCUGAAAGCGUUGAAUGGCGAGCUUGGUACUCAGUACGGGGUCUUCGAGUAUCACGGCCACGCAGCACCAGACUCGGUGCUGACAGUCUUCGGGACUGUAGAGUCGUCAUUGGCCUCGCAGGUUGCUCUGUCGCUCGAAAGAGAAGGCGCGAAAGUGGGAGUCGUGAAUGUCAGAGUCUACAGGCCAUUCAUUGAAGAGGAAUUUCUCGGGGUCCUGCCUGAGUCAGUGAAGACGAUCGGUGUGCUUGGUCAAGUUGACGAUCAGCAAGCGGUAUCGGACAGCAGCGUGCGCUCGAAUCUGUAUUGCGACGUUAUAGCGGCGAUCGCAUACUCAGACAAAUGGGCAACGCCUCCCGCGGUACUAGACGUGAAAUAUGCGAGGGAAACUGUCUGGACGCCUGUCUCUGUUGCGGCAGCAUUCCAACUGUUGGUGGAGAAGCCAAUUUUGCAAUCUGAGGACAUAUGGACUGAAUCUGGAGCCCCUUCGGCCCUCCAGUUGCUUGACCCUUCAUCUGUUCAGCAGUAUACCUUUUGGGACAUUGAUACCUCAGACUCGGCAAACGCGCCGGUUGCGCUCGGCCAAGCUUUGGCAACAGAUUCCGCGAACAACGUCACCACCAAGACAGGAUACGACAAUCUGAUUCAAGGAGGAGUGUUCCGUUCUGAUAUUCGGAAGUCUAAGAAGACGAUCGAGGCUUCUUACUCGAUCGAUGCAGCAGAUGUAGUCUAUGUCGGCGGCGAAAGCCUCCUCAAGAUGUAUGACAUCCUCGGUGGCCUCAAGGCUGGCGGAAAGAUCAUUUUGAAGCUACCAGGCGUAAAAGAUGACGAUCUUGAAAAGAAGCUUCCAGUCGAAUUUAGAAACGCAUUGGCCGCCAAAGGUGCUAAAUUGUAUAUUCUUGAUCCACCAGCAGUUGAGGUCAUAGCCAAUGAUCCAGCACAGGAAGUAUACUUGACGGAGCUGGCAUUCUUGCGCGUCGCGUUGCCCAACCUUGAGAAGACUGGAUUGCAGAAGCUGGCCUCUGUCAACGGAACAAUCGAGACAUUGCAGGAAUUGGCCAAGGUUCUAGACAACGCUUUGCGACUCAUGGAGAUCCCCAAGACUUGGGCCACCGAGGAAUUAGAGGGCACGCCACCCUCAUUGUUCAAGGACAUAUGUACGAGCAGCUUUGUAGCUUACGACAAGAUUGAGGUAGACCCACCCACGUAUCUCAAAGACUGGAAGACGGCGGCCAAAGGCUUGAUUUUCAAGGAGGCUUACGGCACAAAGCCGGCACUGCGCCCAGAUGUCAACGUCAAGACCUUCACAGUGCAUGUACAGGAGAAUCGCAGACUUACGCCGCCAUCUUACGACAGAAAUAUUUUCCACAUCGAAUUUGAUCUUGGGAAUUCAUGCCUGACCUACGAUAUUGGAGAAGCGCUCGGUAUUCAUGCUGAGAAUGACGAAGUCGAGGUCGAGGAGUUUAUCAAAUUCUACAAGCUUGAUCCUAAGGAGAUUGUUGAGGUGUCGAGUCGCGAGAAUCUCGAGGUGCUCGAGAACAGGACAGUGUACCAAGCUCUUAUGCAGAAUGUCGACAUCUUCGGCCGACCACCGAAGCGAUUCUACGAAGCUUUGGCUGAGUUCGCCGAUGAUCCCAAUGAGCGGAAAGAGCUUACCACAUUGGGAGGCCCUACCAAAGAGGGUAACCAGGAAUUCAAGAGGAGAGCCGAAGUAGAUACUAUCACUUACGCCGACAUCCUUUUGGAGUUCCCUUCGGCCCAUCCAAGCUUCCAUGAUAUUGUCCGCAUUGUUAGUCCGUUGAAGCGAAGAGAAUACUCAAUUGCGUCAUGCCAGAAGGUGACGCCGAACAGCGUUGCUUUGAUGAUUGUGGUGGUCGGCUGGGUAGAUCCGAAGGGUCGUGACAGAUUUGGUCAAGCUACAAGGUUUCUUAACAAGCUCAGAGUCGGCGCUCCUGUCACUGUCUCCGUCAAGCCGAGUGUGAUGAAGCUGCCACCGAAGUCUACCCAGCCAUUGAUCAUGGCUGGUCUUGGCACUGGUCUUGCGCCAUUCCGAGCGUUUGUGCAGUAUCGCGCGUGGGAGAAGGCACAGGGCAAGGAGAUUGGGUCCGUAUUGCUCUACAUGGGCUCGAGACACCAAAGAGAAGAGUAUUGUUAUGGAGAGGAGUGGGAGGCCUAUCAGGAUGCUGGUGUCAUCACGCUGCUUGGUCGUGCUUUCUCCCGUGAUCAGCCGCAGAAGAUCUAUAUCCAGGAUCGGAUGAGGCAGACAAUGAAUGAUAUCAUCCAGGCUUAUCUGAAGGAGGAAGGGGCUUUCUAUCUUUGCGGUCCUACAUGGCCUGUACCUGAUGUCACCAACGUGCUUGAAGAUGCUAUCGCCAGGGACGCACAGAUGAUAGGCAAGAAGGUGACCCCGAGGACUGAGAUUGAAAAGUUGAAGGAUCAGCUGAGAUAUGUUUUGGAGGUUUACUGA